UCUCUCUCUCUCUACAUUUUUAGAUCGGACUAAAUGAUCUCUCUGGUUAUUCAAUCUGGUGUUUUCUGCUGUUUUCUACUAUAGAUCUGCUACUUUUCAUCGUGUUUCUCUGUUUAUUUGUUUCUGAUGAUGAUCGAUUUUGGGGGUUCUUUAAUCGCUGCUGUAUUGGGUGAGACUGGGUCUGUGUUUUAAUUGAUGUUUUACGAUAUUUGUCGUUGUGGGUCGUAUUACUUUUCUAUUGUUCUUCUUCUUUUGGGGUUUAUGUUCUGAUUGUUGGUCUCACCCUCUUUUGUUUUGUUUUUUUUUUUUUUUUUAAAUACCAUUUUGAGGGAUUUGAAUGUGCUUUUCGAAGUCGGGAGUAAAGGUCAGGUUUCUUCGUUUUCAGAAAUGGAGGGGUUUAAGGCAUAAACAUAGUCUACUUUUUGUGUUCAAUGAAUUUGGCACUGAUGGUGGACCUGCUGCAAAGGAAUUGCUUCCAAAGUUGAACACUUUUAGGAGAAACGUCUCUGCUAGAUUUGGAUUCGACCUACCUGUUGUCGAUGUUUCCCAUUCAGUUGCUGCGUUUCUGUCUCUUAAAGGCAUUGGAGGCCUUCUCUUUGUAUUCGGGAGUCCGAUCGGAGCUUAUCUUCUGCUUCUCUACUUGGCAAUUAGCACCCCAAUUCUAUAUGACUUCUACAACUAUGGUCGUGAGAAGUCCCAAUUCAGUACACUAUUGAAUGAUUUCAUACUGCACGUGGCACUUGCUGGUGCAUUGCUCUUCUUUAUCGGAACAAAAAACUCCAUUUCGAGGAGGCAGCAGAAGAAGAAGGCACACAAAGCCAAAACAAACUAGAAACGAAACGUGAGAUAUGUCACUACAACUCGAAAUUGUUCCUUUCUUUUCCAUUCGCUUCAUUCGUGUUGGGGCUCAGAUGGAAAGGUAGGAUUCAAUAGCUGGAUAUUAAAUGUGGGUUUUCAGAAAGCUUCUUAUUUAAAGAUUCCUUUUUGUAAUAAUAGAUUUACUCAUUUAGGAAUUUUAGUACUCUUGACUAUCAAUUAUUGUUGGAGUUGAAACUGGGAAUUAGUCAUUACAGACAAGUAUGAAGGGACUUAGAGCAUAUGUUUUUCUCCAUUCAAACUGUUUUCUGAGGAUUAGAAUUCAAUUUACCUUAUUUGUAGAAUUAUAUGUUGAUAUGCAUUUUUCUGGA